AUUAGAACUGCAUACAGCCUUCCUCAGAUGUAUUGACGCUUACGUCACAGUGAAGAAUGGCAGCCACUAACAGAUACGCGAUCUUUUGGUCUCUGAUUUGUUUACAUAUUGCAGGUGUAUCCGGUGGUACAUGUGCGGGCUAUUCCGAUUACAGUUCAUAUCAUGAAGCAUUUGAAUGCCCAAGCUCGACUGACGCAGAGGACAUGACCUACUGCUGUGGAAGUCAUACGUACAGAUAUUGCUGUUCUCAAGCAGACUAUGAUUUCGAUAAUGAUUUUGACAACGUUGUCGAAUCAGCAAUUGGACUUGCUGAAGGUGUCUUAAUUGCGAUUAUAAUUGGUAGCAUUGUCACCGUGAUUGUUAUAAUAGUAUCUAUAGUGGCAUGUGUGUAUUGCUGCAUCAAGGGAGCAACCAGUGAGGAUACAACUACCAUAAUACGUCAAGAAGCCCCAGCACCGGCAUACAACAUCGUGCCUCCACCAAACUAUCCACAGUCAUCUUAUGCCGUCUAAUCUACGCCAGUGUUCUAAAUUUAAACAUUUAAACACGGCUAACUAUGUAUGAAUUGCAACAUGUUUACAUUACAUUUUCAUCUCUUUAACAAGUAAUAUCCAGCAUUAUAUAAUAUUGGAUUUAGAAGGCUGUUUUGUGUGAACAAAUACAAAUUCAUAUUUACCCAAGAAUUGAUAAAUGUACUAUUUGUUUAAAUUACUGGGAUAACACAAUCACUUUUUGUUUAAAUUACUGGGAUAACACAGUCAUUUUUUGUUUAAAUUACUGGAUAACACAUUCGUAUUUUGUUUAAAUUACCGGGAUAACCAUGUGAUGUUAUUACUUAUUGUACUUUUCAGUGACCUUAUUGGUGUACUUGCAAAUUCAGUGUUGUGUCAAUAAAUAAAUGUAUAAUGUAAAUGUG